AAACACAUAAUUUUUGUAUGAACUGAAAAUCAAAUGCUUAGAGUACUCCCAACUACUUCAACUACUUUUAGAAUGUUUAGAGUUAGAGUACUCUAAACAAACGAAACAAAUAUUUAUUCCAUUCCAUUUUGUUUUUAUGCCUAUACAUUCGUAUUUGUUCGUUGAGAGUGAGAGUAUGCUACCAUUCUAAACACAAUAGAAUGCUUUGAAACUGAAAUCAAAUGCGCGCGUGCAGUACUCUAGUACGUAUACAAUUAAAACUAAUAAGACCAAUGUAGAAAGAUGUUUAUGAAACAUUCAAUCCAAAGUUGGAAAUGACUUGGAGGAUAUAUUGUGUUCGCCUCUGAAGUCAGAAAAACUGAACGACAACGCUUCACCAGUAAAUCAUCACAAUAAAAGCAAACGCCGCUCAACUCGUAAAUUUUUAAAUUUUUAAACUAUAUUACUAAAUAAACCUAGCAGUAAAAAUAGAACCAAAACUCUUUCCUAAAAUAAUUUAACUACACAGAUACUCUAUUGGUUAGGACAGCGUGGGACAACCCAGGCCUACACAACAUCUAUGAUCUUCGGAGCAGUAUGUUCGCCCUGCGUUGAAUUUGUUAAGAACCAUAAUGCCGAAAGUUAUCGCAGUCAAUAUCCGAAAGCUGUAUCUGCCAUCCAUGAGAACUUUUACGUAGACGAUUACGUUGCCAGUUUCGAUACAGAAGAGCACGCUCUACAAAUUUGUCUGCAAGUGGUGCAAAUUAACGCAAACGUCGGCUUUGAACUUCGUGAUUUUUCAUCAAAUUCGUUAAAUGUACAGAUCGUCAUGAAUGUAGGUGAAAGUGUAGAGGCCAUCUGUUUGAAUCGGCAGAGCCAAACCGAGAAAAUCUUGGAAAUGUAUUGGAACGUGACAAGUGAUUUGUUUCAAUUCUUAACAAAAUUUCAUCGCAUAGCUAAAGAAGUUAUCGAGGGUAAAAGGGUUCCAACAAAGCGAGAACUUUUAGGAAUUGUAAUGGCUAUAUUUGAUCCAUACGGCAUUUUAGCGAAUUUUUUACUUGUUGCCAAAGUAUUAUUCCAAGAAACCUGGAAAACCAAAUUAAAUUGGGACGACUUGUUACCACCUACGUUAUUUCAAAAAUGGAUUCUGUGGUGGGACGAAUUUGCCAGAAUAGGCAAUUUCUUUGUACCAAGAUGCUCCUCGUCACAUCUCAACAUUGCCAAAGAGGUCCAACUCCACACAUUUAUGGAUGCCAGUCAACUUGCAUUUGUUGCAACCGUGUAUCUGCGAAUUAAACAUCAAUAUGCAGUCGAUGUAGUUUUUGUCUGUGGUAAGACUCGCACAGCGUCUAAGAAACUCCUAUCCAUGCCAAGGUUGGAACUGCAGGCUGCAGUCUUGGCUCCUCGAUUAUCAACGCUGGUGAUAGACAGACAUGAAAUAAACAUAAGCCGUGUAGUAUUUUGAACUGAUUUCAAAACAGUUCUUUGUUGGGUAAAUUCAAGAAAUUGCCGAUUCAAACCCUUUGUUGGGCAUCGUAUAGCUGAAAUAUUGAGCUCAACGAAAGAAGACCAGUGGAGAUGGAUGCCAACUAAGAUGAACCCUUCUGAUGCUGCAACAAGAGCGAAAGAGGUACCUAAAAGAAACAAGGACAACAUUUAGUUAAAAGGGCCAAACUUUUUACGUCAAGAACAAAAUAGCCACUAUUUACAGAAAAGUGUGAUAGUUUGCAGACAUUGCCACCGUUAUUACCUAGUAAAAUCAAUGAAGCCGAAAAAUUUAUAAUGCUACGGGAGGAUUGUUUUUCGGAGGAGAAGAGACUACUCAAGCUUUAACAACCUCUUUCCAAAAAAUUCAAGGCAUAUAAAUUAACGCCAUACGUAGACAACGAAGAAAUUAUUCGUACCAGUGAUCGGCUAAUGAAGCCAUAUAUCUGCCUCUUGAAGCUCGACGCUCUAUUAUAUUGCCCCAGCGUCAUGUCGUCUCCGAAGUAAUAAUCAAACGCUAUCAUGUUGCCUAAAAACAUCAAAAUCAAGCUACAAUUAUCAACACCGUACGCCAAAAGUUCUGGAUAAUUGGUGCCAAGCUACUUUUGAAAUCAGUCCAACGCAAUUGUAUAGAAUGCCGCCUUAAAGCCGCCAAGCCAGUGCCACCGUUAAUGGGUAAGCUCCCAGUCGACCGUAUAUCGCCAUAUGCACGACCAUUCUCUUACACAGGUGUUGACCUGUUUGAACCAUUACACGUUACUAUUGGUCGUCGCCAUGAGAUGCGCUGGGUUGUCUUGUCCCACUACAACUCAUCCAGCCACCAAGCUAGCUAGAUUAGUGAAUUUUACGAAGAUUAACGGGAGGGCGGAAUAUAACAAAAAAAGCAACACUGAGCUGAAUGGAGCCCUGCAAGGCAGCAUGACAGUUGAUAUGAAUGACAGUUGAUAUGAAUGACAGUUGAUAGGAAUGACAAUUCAGAGGAAAAACAGAUCUAAAAAACAUACAAAUGUGAAACACGUUGC